CGAGACCCUAAAAUUAUGGUGGAAAACUGGAAACUAGGAUAUUAGAAAAAACCUAUAUAAAUCCAAUCCAAUUUACAACCCAACUAAAUCUCUAAAUCUCUAAACCUAACAAAAAAGCAAAAUCGGCAGGUAUAAAUAAGGAGUACUUCUACAAGUAGUUAAUCAAGGAAACUUCCUCAAUCUUUACCUUUCUGGAAUUAUGGCGGACAAAUUUUAUUGAUUGAUGAAAUCAUCCAUCUUGUUCUUGUGUGAAACUUUCUAUUCAUCUUACCCUUUUGAUUCCUUUGCCUUUUUGCAUAUUCUCUUCGUAUGAUCAAUUAUUUCUUUUGGGUGCAGAAUUUUAAUCGUUUUUCCUUCUGGGUGGAAUUCUUCUCAGUUUUUUUAAUCUGGGUUUAUCUUGAUUUCGUUGUUUACCAUAAUUUUGUACUUGAUUCAACGUUAAUAUUAUAAUAUAGCAGUUCAUCUAUCAAGUCUCUUGAUUUUUAAGGCUUUUCGAUCACAACAAUCUUAAUUUUUUGUUUGUGAAUUAUACAAUUAUAUUGUUUUAUUUUGAUUCUGCAGCUAAUAAUACUAUUAUGAUGCACAAUUAUGCAGGUCAAGUAAUUUGGAUAAUGGGUUUCAAUUCAGUAUACCAGACUUUGAAGGAGCUUUUUCCCCAGGUGGAUGCUCGUUUGUUGAAAGCUGUAGCUAUAGAACAUGCAAAGGAUCCUAAUGCGGCUGUGGAAACAAUUCUUACUGAGAUUUUCCCUUUUAUGUGUGAGAAGUCUUCUGUGGCUACACCCAUUGUUUGCAAUGUUGGGAAUGUGGCGGAAACACAUUCGAAAAGCUCUUCAAUCGUCGAAUUACUUUCAGGGAACAAUGCUGAUGAUUCUCAUUUGUUGAGUGAUGCCCAUAAUAUGGAUGAUGAUUCUUUAGCUACAUCCUUUUAUGAUGCAAAUGACACAGAUGAUCUGCAGAAUGGAAACAGCAAAAAUGAAGACUUAACAUAUAAAGAAGUGAUUCUAGGCGCUACUAAGGCCAAAGAGUUGAACAUGUCUGGAAGCUCUACUAGUGUAGAUAAUAAGGAUGAUUUUGUUCAGGACUGUGUUACUCAUGUUCAUGUAGUUUCCAAUGGGACGGCUGAUGUCUCAUCAACGAUAAACACUGAAUAUCGUGAAGUUGAAGCUAAAUUUGACGGUGUCAGCAAUUUGAUUGAUGUCAUAAAUGAACUUUUAAGUGAUGAUCAUCAGAGGCAACAUCAUUUGGACUGCAAUACGUUAGAUUUUAUGGCUUCCACAAACCAAACUCCUAUAUCUGUCACACAACCAGAAGUUGAGAAUAGAAUGCCUUCUGAAUUCAAUAAUGAACAAAUGAGUUGCCAUGAUGCAUACUCCUUACAGGACUUCCCUGUCACUGAUCUUGGUGUUGUUGAGGUUGAGCCUGAGACUCAGACUGAGACUGCGUUGAGCACUAUUGUGACCCAAUCUGGCCUAAUAUGCAGAAUAAGCCUUGUUGAGGAAAUUAUUGAAGAUGCAAAAACGUACAAGGACACGCUGUUAACAGAAACAGAAUCAGUGCUCAGGUUGAUUGAGGAUGUAGAAGACCGUGAAAAAGAGGCAGAACAAGCUAGAGCUGCUGCAGCCAGGGGAGGCUUCGACAUCCUUGAAAAGGUUGAAGAAAUGAAGAAAAUGCUUGAACAUGCAAAGGAAGCAAAUGAAAUGCAUGCUGGUGAGGUGUAUGGGGAAAAGUCCAUUUUGGCUACAGAAGUUAGGGAGCUACAAACUCGUCUGCUUGGAUUGGCAGAUGAAAAAGAUAAAUCACUUUCUACUUUAGAAGAGAUGCGGAAAACCCUUGAAGAACGAUUGGCUGCAUCUGAGGAAGAGAAAAAAGCUGCUGAAAAAGAGUUGCUUAUGAAGGAGGAAAUUGCUAGAGGUGCUCUUGUUGAGCAAGAACUUAUUAUGGAGAAAGUUGUUCAUCAGUCAAAAAUGUUGCAACAAGAAGCAGAGGAGAAUGCUAAGCUGAGAGACUUCCUAGUGGAGAAAGGCCGUCUGGUGGAUGAACUGCAGGGAGAAAUCGGUGUUAUUUGCCAGGAUGUGAAGUCCCUGAAGGAAAAGUUUGACAAUCGUGUAUCUUUUAGUAAGUCUCGUUCCAUUGAGCAGACAAGCUUUCGAAUGGCAUCUUCGAUUUCUUCAGGAAAGAGCAUAACUUCAGAUUCUACGUCUGGGGCUUUGACAUCGUCGACUUCUUCAGUGAACAUAGUUUCAGAGACUGCUACUGGGUAUAUUAUGGCAUUAUCCGAGACACCCGGAAGGAUGAGCCCAGCACUAUCAGUUGAGUGUCAAACACCCAAAAGCAAUGUGGAAGACGUUGUUAUUCAACCGGGGACUACACAUGGCAAGGUGCUUUCAGACGAGGAUUGGGUACUUUUUGAUGCGUAGAUAAUAAGAUAAUUUCCUUUGGCUGGACCAGUUUUUGCAUUUUUUCUUUGGAGGAUUGAAUAAAAAUUGAGAAAAUUAAAGUUUUGUAUAUAAGAAAACUGCAAGGAAUGGUAAUUUAAAUGAAUUCAUAGAUUAUUAUAUAUUUGGCUCAA